AUGUCAUCACAAUGUUCCGAAACUCUGCAGCUCAAAGAAGCCGAUGCCAGUGUGUCGCAUAUACCCGCCGAGGUUUCAGAUGACAAUGUGGGCUGGGAAAGCGAGGAUGACCCUCAAAACCCAAUGAACUGGUCGAAUGCUAGGAAAAAGACAAUCAUCAUACUGAUUGCCUUUGCCACGUUUAACGACGCCGCAGCAUCGAGCAUUUUCACCCCAGGGGUGCCGCUCGUUCUCGAAGAAUUCCACGAGACAAACCCCACCAUAUCCCCGUUUAUCAUGUCGGUCCAUGUCAUUGGAUUCGCAACAGGGGCGUUGGUUUUCUCCCCGCUCAGUGAGAUCUACGGAAGAUGUCUUGUCAUGCACAUUUCCAAUAUAGCUUUCUUUGUUUCUUGCAUUCUCUGUGCCGUUAGUGUCAACGUACCUAUGCUAGCUAUAGCUCGCAUCCUUCUGGGUGUCGCUGGCUCGAUACCCAAUGCGUUGUCAGGAGGCUUUGUAGCGGACAUGAUACCCCUUGAGAACCGGGCGAGCUCGCUCGCCUUGUUGGCCACCGGGACGAUAACAGAUCAACUUCUUACAUUCAAUCUAGGCCCGAUUGUAGGCGGUUACAUGGCACUAAAUGUCGGAUGGAGAUGGACAUUCUGGUUUGAAGCCAUCUUGGUUGGCUGCAGCACCAUACUAUCAUUCUUCCUCCUCCGAGAGACAUACGCACCAGUCCUUCUCAGAAGAAAAGCCGCAAAACUCGGCCUCCAAAUACCCCUCAAGGAGAGCGAAAGCCACUGGCAAGUCCUCCGAAGAGGCAUCUCCCGACCAAUGAAGCUCUGUCUCUCCCCAAUCAUAAUGAUCCUGUCACUCUACAACUCCAUCUGUUACACAUACAUGUACUACAUGAUCACAACCUUCCCCACUCUCUUCGGCGAAGAAUACGGCUUCAAUACAGGCGAAGUCGGCCUCGCCUACAUCGCCCAAGGAGUCGGCUGCGUCGCCGGCCAGCUCGUAGUCGGCCGCUUCGCAGACUGGUACAUCAGACGCCAACAAGUCCGGAAUGGCACCACCACGCCGGAAGAUCGACUGCCCCCCGCAAUCGUCGGAUACGUUAUUCUGGCCAUUGGCAUGGUGUGGUUCGGGUGGGCGGCGCAGGUCCAUGCCCAUUACAUGGUUCCGAUUAUCGGGUCCGGUGUUGUGGGCUUGGGUAUCGUGGGCGUGUUCGUCGUCGUGCAGGUGUAUAUUGUCGAUACUUUUACUAUCUACGCGGCCAGCGCUUUAGCGGCCAAUAAUCUUCUUCGGUCUGCUGUUGCGGUUCUCUUGCCUCUGUCUGGCCCGGCGAUGUAUGAUCGGCUUGGGUAUGGUUGGGGGGAUACUCUUCUCGGCUUGGUGGCAUUGGUUAUUGUUCCGACUCCGUUGUUGUUGAUGAAGUAUGGGGAGAGGAUUCGGACGCGGUGGGCCGUAAAGUUAUAG